GGAAAGAUAAAAAUGAAGUUUGACGAAUCAAUGAUCAACGUCGAAUCAACCGGUCUCAAAGAUUACAACUGGGCCGUGGGCCUGAAUCGUUGGAGCUUGCGACUGAUGGGUAUCUGGCCUGGGGAAAAGCAACAAUAUCUACGAGUGCCCUUCAUGAUCGGCAUAAUCUUUUUCUGCCUCUUCUUGCCGCAAAUGUACGCCUUGGCACUGGUCAUGGAGCAUUUACCGCUCGUGAUCGACAAUCUUCUUACGAGCUGUGCCGCGCUGACCUCCUGCUUCAAGCUUCUAUUUUUUUGGCAAAACAGACAAGUCCUGGAUCUGGUAAUCGAGUCAAUGAGGAAAGACUGGCUGCGAGGCUGCAAGGACCAGCGGACCCGCAAAACGAUGCUGAAAGCAGCCUCGCGGGCGCGCCUCAUCACCACUCUGGAUUACAGCGUCAUGGCCAGCUGCUACGCCGGCUUCGUCGUCGCUCCCCUGCUGGGUUUCGAUCUGCGCACCAGCAACAACAUCACCGAUUAUCCGCCCGGUGGUCGCAAGCUCCUCGUCCAGUCCUACUAUCCCUUCGAUUACUCAGCCAGUCCGACUUUCGAGCUGGCCUACUUCCUGCAGCUCGUGGGCAGUUUUUUCGUCGGUAUGGCCGUGUCAAUUCCCGACGAUUAUUUCGGCGCGUUGAUACUUCACGCGAGCGCCCAGUUCAACGUUCUCGCCGCUCGGAUCGAUGGACUCAUCGACGAGGUAACGACGACGCGUGACUGCAGGGGACCCGCUGCGGUCGCCGAUCGCAGCGAUUCGAGCACGAUCAAUCGGCGACUGGGACGGCUCGUCGAUCGACACGUGCAUCUGUACUCAAUGGUACUGGCCAUCGAGAAAUCGUUCAGCUUGGUGCUCGCGGGACAGAUAUUCUGUAUGUCGGUAAUGGUCUGUUGUCUUGGUUUCCAAAUACUCAGCGUGCUGAAUAACAUGAGCGACAAACCUACACCGCUUCAAAUGGUCACACUGAUAGGUACGCUUUUUACCAUGAUGCUGCAUACACUGAUCGACUGCCUUGCCAGCGAGGCAUUAGCGUCUCAAAGCACCGAAAUAUUUUACAGAAUUUGCAAUAGCCGUUGGUACGAGUUGCCGUACAAAAGCAUGCGCUGCCUCGUACCCAUGAUGCUAGUGUCUAAGACGCCGAGGCAAAUUAAAACAGGAAAAAUUAUCAAUAUGUCCUUAGCCACCUACUGCAGUAUUAUAAAAUCGACUGCUGGAUACAUAUCUGUUCUCAUUGCUGUAAGUGUAAAAUAA